AGUCGGCAUCUUCUUCUUGAACAACCAUCCUUCGUCCUCACUUCUUUUCAUCUUCCGGGAAGAUUCUUCUCUUUUUCUGUUCAUUUCUUCUCCGUUUUUCGACUAGGUUGGACGUGCGAGGUAGAGCUCGUCAAGAAAUUUUCACUUUACGCUUCUUUACUUUUUGUAGACGAAUCGAGUUUCAAGGUAGCUUUCUCGUCAGAUAAUUAGGGUUGUUUUUAGUAGGUCGUCUCUGCGAAAAGUGACUGAUAAGCGAGGUUUGUUAUAUUCUCAAGCAAGACGAAAUUAUGGCUUCGAAUUUCAAGACCGAGGUCGAGGAAGAAGAAAGAGAACUUCCGGAAACUUUUUCUCGCAUAGUCGUUGGAGAGAAUGCGGAACGUUUAGAUCCCCGUUCGUCCGUAUUGGCGAGAGAACAAAGAGAUAUGCAGAAUAUGGAGAAGUUAUUGACGAAAACCUUUGAAGAACUUGGUGCUCUCGCCGACGCGACAGGAAUGCCAAUAAUUCAGGAAAAUGGACAGAGAACAUUUGGACCUCGCCCAAAUGACACUCGGACCCCAAUGAAAGGGACUGAAGUAUUUGUUGGGAAAUUACCAAAAUAUAUGAACGAAGCUCAUGUUUACAACGUGUUUCGACCUAUCGGGGAAAUUUACCAAAUUCGUCUCAUGUUGGAUUUUAAUGGGCACAAUCGGGGAUUUUGUUUCGUUCAAUACUAUAACACUGAAGAUGCGAAGUGGGCGAUUGCCACUUUAAACCAUUACGAGAUUGCGGAAGGUCGACCAAUUGGAGUCACUGGAUCCGUUGACAAUUGUAAAUUGUUUAUUGGUGGUAUUCCAAAGGAUAAAAGUGAAGCGGAGAUAUUUCUUGAGCUUUCGAGAGUGACGGAUAACUUGGUGCGCGUCUUAGCUAAAGCUGGUAGAACGUCGGAAACGGUGAAUCGUGGUUUUGCUUUCGCAGAGUACGAAUCACAUAAAGAUGCUGCAAUGGCUCGCCGGAAGAUGAUCCCAGGAAAAAUUUUAAUGUGGGGUAAGCUUGUUCAUGUCGAUUGGGCGGAACCCGAACAUCCAGAGACAGUCAACCGAAACUACGGGCUUUCGAGAACGGUUCAACAACGAACGAGUGGAAAGUUUUACAACUUCUUCGACGUAUUGGUGCCAAUGGAUCCCAUGGUGCACAUGAAUCCGAUGGCGUCGAUGAAUCACGUGAAUCCGAUGGCGUCGAUUAAUCACAUGUUGCCGAUGAAGCCAGAUUAUGGAAUGCAAGGAAACUUGGCAUGCUUUCCGAAUCCCUUUAAUUUUGUAUAAAAUCUACACAAAUUAUAUAUAUAUAUAUAUAUAUAUAUAUAUAUACGCAUAGAUUCAUAACAUAAUUGCGUCCGUAGUAUUUGCAUUAUGCAUGAAUUAAAACAUUUGGCCAAAACUAGGGAGUGUUUGUUACUAUAAUGUACAUAUAAUAUGAACAAUAUAAUUGUAUAAUAUGAAUGUGAGCACGAGUAUGAAUUUUCAAAGUAAAUAAUAAAUGUUUG